CGGCGAGGGUCCCUGAAUUCAACCCCACCAAUAAAAGUAACUCGGCCUAUUUCAAUUUACUGUAUUUCGAAUCCUCCAGCUGCACGAUUUGUCAAAGCCCUUCAAUUGUGCUGGGCAAAUGCUGCUGCCGUCCCUCAACUGACAUUGCUUUUCUUCUGCUGCGUAUAUAACAAGUCUGCGGCCUGCGUCCCCUCGAGCCCUAAACACUCGACUUACACAGACCCAUCCCGUCCGACCCGCCAAACUGUUUUCCUCAGCUUUUCGCCGACGCGCAGCCCAGCUUCCUCUUCGUUCCACCUUCAGUCUCUCGGUGGCCGCUACAUCAAUCUUCCAGCAGAAGCCACAGUCGCCAGCGGUAGCCAAGUUCUCUUCCGCGACCAGCGCCAUGGCGCCUCCUCACACCAAAGUCGCCAUCAUAGGCUCUGGGCCCGCCGCCCACACAGCAGCAAUUUACCUUUCCCGCGCAGAACUAAAACCGGUCAUGUAUGAGGGCAUGCUGGCAGGAGGUACCGCGGCGGGAGGUCAGCUCACGACAACGACAGACGUUGAGAACUUUCCAGGCUUCGCGAAAGGCAUCGGCGGCAUGGAACUUAUGGAUGAGAUGAAGGCGCAGUCUCAGAGAUUUGGCACAGAAAUAAUCUCCGAGACGAUAACCCGAGUAGACCUCAAGUCAAAACCGUUCCGAAUGUGGCGAGAAUAUGAGGACAGCGAGACCGACGAACCAGCCCACACAUCCGACGCAGUCAUCAUUGCCACAGGUGCCAACGCGCGGAGGCUAGAUCUACCAGGCGAAGAGACAUACUGGCAAAACGGCAUCUCCGCAUGUGCAGUCUGCGACGGCGCCGUACCUAUAUUCCGCAACAAGCCCCUAGUAGUCAUCGGUGGAGGUGACUCCGCAGCAGAGGAAGCCAUGUUCCUAACAAAAUACGGCUCGCACGUCACGGUAUUGGUACGGAAAGAGAAACUGCGCGCAUCCAAGACCAUGGCAAACAGACUCCUCACAAAUCCUAAAGUCACGGUGAAGUUCAACCACGUAGCCACAGAAGUCCAAGGUGAGAACAAGCCCAGAGGACUCAUGACACACCUGAAGAUCAAGAACGUGGCCACCAAUGAAGAGGAAGUGAUGGAAGCCAACGGGCUCUUCUACGCUGUCGGCCACGACCCCGCCACGGCGAUUUUCAAGGGUCAAAUCGAAACGGACGAAGACGGAUAUAUCGCGACGAAACCUGGCACAAGCUACACUAGCGUUCCGGGUGUCUUUGCGGCAGGCGAUGUCCAGGACAAGAGAUACCGACAGGCCAUCACCAGCGCGGGAAGUGGAUGUAUAGCAGCGCUCGAGGCCGAGAAGUACCUUGCAGACCUCGAGGACGAUGAACCCAAUAUCGAGAAGGAGAACCAGGCCAAGAAGCCUGAAGUCAAUGGCGACGCGGCUCCCGAGUAUCGGUCGAACCCGUUGUUGUAGAAUUCCUGUGAUACAGAGAUAUACAGAUGAAUAAACUCUAGAUCACCCACAACCAAUAUAUGUAUUGGCUGGGCCGAGGCUCCAAGAUAUACGAACAGAAAUGUUAUCUACAUCUUCUUUUGGGGGGAUUCGUGACUAAGUCCAGCGCCAAUCGCUAUGCGCAAAGGACGUAACAUAAUACAAGUAGUACAGUCGAGGACCUCCAUUACCACCUCCUCAAAUACCAUGUAAACGCACUGCUGGUGGUAUAUUCGUUGUAAGGUGUCGGCACCUCAGCCAGACCUGGUCUUGCGACAGGAUGUCUCAGAUAGACGGCUGCGCAGAUUUUGUGGCUGACUUCCAGAUACCGAGGGAUGAAGGCGAA